AUGGCGAGAACAGUUGACAUCGAGCAUAUUUCGCACCCCCGUCGACCGGGAAUAUGUCGAGUUCUUCGUCGUGCCGGUUAUUGGAAAUGUUUAUCAUGUACAAUACUAAUAAUCGGAUGUAUCUUUUAUGCUUCGUGGUGCCAAGUUAAACAUCUAGCUUAUUCAGGCAUACAACCACUACUCAUAUACCAUCAUGGACCUUGUGCUCAGGGUUAUAACUUUGUUCCAAUUGUCUUUGGUUUAAUGUUAUAUAUAGUAUAUCUAAUGGAGUGUUGGAAUAGUCGUACUCGUUUAGCUGUCAUGAAAAAGGUUCGUGUAGGAGAUGCUCACAUUUCUUUACAACAAAUGAGAGAUUCUCUCCCUAUCGUUUGGUGGAAAAGUGUUUGUUACCAUUAUGUUAGAAGAACACGUCAAAUAACGAGAUAUCGAAAUGGUGAUGCAGUUCCUGCUACUCAAGUUUAUUAUGAACGGGUUAAUUCGCAUACGGCUGGAAAUGUUUUUCUGUACGAUAUAUGUGGAGUGAAAGAUAUAUCAAAGAAUGUCAUGGACUUGGAGAAGUUCCCUCUAACCAGAAUUCGAGUAACACGUGGUUUCGUUUUUGCAUGUAUGCAAGCUGCCAAUGAGUUCGAAGAACAGCGAGCUCGAUUUUUCAACGAGAAUGAAAUUCGAGAUGAUUAUAUGGAGGUUCGCGAGGGGAUGGAUUUGUCCGAACUACAAUUCAACGAUGAGCUCUUAUGCUUCAACUCCAAAUCUCCUCCCUGGUUCUUGAACCCAUUUUUAUUUUGGUUCUCCUCAAUUUUCUUACUAUCUUGGCCGUUACGGUUAUUUGCUGAAUGUCGAACAGCUGUGCUCAACUACCAAGUGACCAAAUUGUUUGGAACAAAUUAUUUGAGUCCAUCAUCCAUUAACUAUACGGGUCCGUUGACUAGAACGUCAACUAUGGAAACAGCUGAACUGGAAGCGGCUCUUCGCAGGGAACAAUUUUUUGUUGUUCCAUCUUAUAGUGAGGCUAUGCUUCUUCAUCCUCAGAAUGCUCUUAAUGCGGCUACUGAAGCGAGAAUAUUUUCACGACCAAUUGUAACAAGUAACGAAAAUGUCAUUUUACCAAAUUAUGGUGCUCUGGAAGACGAUCUAGGACAACUUCCUGUUUUCUCUCGCACACAUCGUGUUCUAAGCACGAGUCGGAGCAUGAAUCUGGAUGAAAAUGAGCUGCCGGGUCAAACAAACUUCAACCGAGCAGUACCUGCUCGCACUCGUUAUGCUCCACCACGAUCAUUAUCAAUCAGUGGAAUAACAUCAACUGGAGGAGCUGGUUGGUCAAAUGGUUAUCAAAUAAUAGGGGAAACAGAAGAUCAAACACCAUUAGUUGCAAACGAUGAUCCUCCUCCACCUUAUGAGAUUGCGUUAAGGAUGUGUGCUCCAAUAUAUGAAAGAUUACGUCGUUCAAUAUCUUCUAGGCUUAAUUCCAUAUCCCAUUCCAGUUCCAAAGAGCUCAAAUCAUCAACCAAUAACAACAAUAAUAAUAAUAAUGGAAACUAA